AAAAAAAAGAACAGCACAACCACAGCCAACCACCGCCAAAACCAACCCAGAAGAACCUUCAAACAUCAAAAUACAUACAUAACAAUAAGAACACAGAAAGCAAAGAAAGAGGAUGAAAGAGAAAGAAUAGAUGAACAACCGAAGCACCAACAGACCAAGGACCAAGAGACCGACAACCAGUCUUCACACACUCCUCAUCAUCCUGACCAUCAUCCAAGCCCAAACAUGGCUCGUCCUCGGAUCGAAGGAGCAGAAGUUCAAGGCUCAAGGAUUGUUCGAGUUGGCCGACUUGGGACUCAAUAAUCUCGAUGGAAUCAUCAUCGCUAUCGGUGACUCGAACGCCGAUCAAUUUCGGGAUAUCUUCACUCUCAGUAGUGACCAACGUUCGGUUAACUUACAUCUAUGGAACCAUCAACUCUAUCAAUUCGUCUCGGUCCCGGAAAACCCAGUAAUCCCAAAAACCGUCGGAGGAUUUGUGAUCACGAACAUCAUUGCGACGGACAUAAAUUAUGAUGGAAGAUUGGAUAUCUUAGUUAUGGGAAACUCCGAUCCGAGCGAUCUUGAAGGGACGUUGAAGAUGGAGGUAUGGUAUGGCCGAGAUGGGACGAGCUUUGGCCCAGGGAUCCCGAUUGCCUCGUCGCUAGCAGCCCAUCCAUUGGUGCUUGAUUCGCAAGGAACGAUGACGAUGGAUUUGUUAGGCCUCCCAUCCAGUCUGCCGUCGGUCUUCAAAGUCUGGAAGAACAUGGCCUCCGGAUCCAGUCAUUCCAACAGCUCCACUCCCUUCUCCAUCGCAGAUCCUCCGUUCAACUCUCCCAUCAAUUGCAAACUUCCAAAUCCUCACAGUAGCACAUUUAUCGACCUAGAUGGGGAUUGUCUUGCCGAUAUCUUCUUGGUUUGUGAGGAUGGAGCGGGUGACCAGAGUUACCAGAUCUGGCUGAACAACAAAGCCGCCGGGUUUUCGUUAGCCCGACGAGGUAAUUUACCAUGGGGAACGAAGCAAGUGACGUUUGCGGAUAUGGAUCGGGACGGGACGAUCGACAUGGUCCUUUCCGUCUGUCCCUCUCCUGACACUUGCAAGGUUCAUGUGGCCUAUAACCAACAGAUCCCGCUCUGUACCUCCAGUCACUCCGCCCAACCCAAGUGUCGUGAUCCUCAGAAUCUGUGCACAGCCGACCCCGACUUCCGGUUCUCGUUUGACAGUGCCGACUCAGGCUUUACAACGAUGGACAUUGCCAAGCUUUUCCCGGCCUUCAGAUUGGUGACCGAGUUAACGGGGUCGGAUUUCCAAGGCCCGAGCCCGGUGGGGGUCCAAACGGGAGACUACAACCUGGAUGGCUACCCGGACCUGCUUUUGAUAGUGGCGCCGAUGGGCGGCUCUUCCUCGGGAGGGAUCCGCGGAGUGCCAUGGUUACUAGAGAGCUUCGGAUGCACGUUGGAUGUUUGUAGCGGUCCCGAGACGGCCAAGCAUCGACGAACGUUCAGGCCUCUUUCGAAUGGCGCUGCCGCUUUGAAUACCAUCCAGGACGCUAAAUCCGCCUUCUUCCUCGACAUCAAUGAGGAUGGCAGCUUGGAUGUCGUCGUCCAAAGACAUGCUCCAUCCGCUUCUCCCUCCCAUCCCGCCGCUAGAUCGGUCUCCGUCUUCAAAAAUAACUUUUUCAAUGACGCGUUCUUUCUUAAAGCUAUCAUGCUCAAUGGCGCUUGCUCUUCUAGAUGUUCUGGGAAAGAUGGACAUGCUGAUUAUCGACCGUAUGGCGUUAAUUAUGCUGGUGCAACUUAUAAGUUUACGAUUCAAGAUACGUUUGGAGAACGACGAGCUACAGCAGUGGGUCAAGUUCCGUUUAAUAUAUACGCCUCCCCGACGACGCCGUACAGUUUUUUUGGGCUAGGACGAACGAACAACUAUGUGGAGAACAUGUACAUCGGCAGCACGCGACACCAAGGCGAGCAUUACAUCAACAUCGAAGGCCUGUUGCCCAACUCGCAACUGGUGGUGAUCCCCUACCAACCCAGCGGGGUGAGGUCGGUGGGCUCGUGGAAGAAGGAGCUCUAUCUUCAUCCCGCCGAUUGGAUUCCUUGGGUCUCCAUCUCCCUGGCCAUCGCUACUCUCGUCCUCGCUGUCAUCGUCGUCGUCCUUCAUGUUAAUGAAAAGCGCGAAGACGAACGUGAACGGAGACGGAAAGCUCAUACCAUCAACUUCGAUGCCCUGUAAUCUUAACAAGAACAACAACAAGAAAAUGCUUAGUGGUAUUGUGAUUUUAUUUUUUUUAAAAAAAAACGAGUGUCUUAUGUGGGCAAAUCCGGGGAUUUGCGUGUGAUUAUCAUAGACAAGAAGUCUUCGUUGUUUGACUCAUCGAUAUAUAAGAUCUAGAAGAUGGCGGGGGGAGAUAAUUUGAGUGUGUUUCUGUAAGUGGAUUAUCAGAACAGAUAUCUAGAUGAGUUGAAGUACCCUCAAACAAGACGAUUUACGUGUGAGUUGAUGAGUCAG